AUGCAGCAAACGACGAGGUCCCCGGACCUGGCUCCGGGCCGUCGAUACACUGCUGCUCUUCGGUGCAUCGUAUGGAACUUGGUAAGGGAUACGAGGGUUCUGUCAGGUGUGCAGGAACGAGGACUUUUUGAACCCCGCGGGACCGCAGCUGUUAUCGAUAGGCCGGCCCCCGUCCCCAAGCUCUGCGCUGAUCUUCCACUACGAAGAUCGCGAUCUCCACGCCACUUCGGCAAGCACCACGAUCCCCGAUCCAGUACGGUCCCCGAAGCAUCUAUCCGAACUGGUAAAGUAUCUCUGGUUCUGUUCCUGGCCCCCAGUUUAAUCACUCCACAUCCCCUCUCCUCCAAAAAUGCCACUAGAGCAGAUCAGAACACAGACCUUUAUAAUGAAUAUGAAUAUCAAUCUGAGAACAAGAAGUCUCCUGACGAGGCGAUCUCAUCUCGCGAGUGCAUUCCCAAAUUGGUCCAAUUUAUAGGCUGCGAGCUGCGUGGCGAUAUAAAUAAAGAUCGGCUCAAUUUCUUGGCGGGAGGGAAAUGGGGUGAUGCGGAGCGGUAUCGGGUCCGGGGAGGCUGGGGCUGA